AGUUGUGUCAAGCGGCGCAACCGGCAGAUUGCGAUAGAUGGCAUAACCUUUAAAUGAGUCUAGAAUUUUCUUGAAUUUUCUAAAUAUUUCAUUGAGAUUGGACUUCUGGGUGAUUCAGUCAGUGACUAUAAAUACUGAGUAGUAUAAUACAAAAGCAUGGAUCAUCAGUGUAACUGUGGCAACACACAUAACGAAGGUGAACUAGGUGUACAGUAUAAUUUAUAUACAAAAAUAGACAUGAACAAUGUGGAGUGCCUUAACGAGUAUGAAGAAGGUUCCGGAGUAACAGUUUUUAAACCCUGGGAAGAUCGCUUAAACCAUGAUAAGUAUGUUGAAAGCGAUGUAGAUGAUGAACUUCUCUUCAAUAUCCCGUUCACUGGUAAUGUCAAACUUAAAGGCCUCAUCAUCAUCGGUGGGUCAGAUGAUUCAUAUCCCUUGAAAGUGAAAUUGUUCAAAAAUCGACCGCAUAUGACCUUCGAUAACGUCGCCACAGAACCUGAACAAGAAUUUGAGUUGUGCAAAGACGAUCACGGUUUCCACGAAUAUCCUAUUAAGAUAGUCAAGUUCUCAUCGGUGCAUCAUCUAACGUUACACUUCUCUGGGAAUAACGGUGCCGAGAGGACGAGAAUAAAUUACAUUGGAUUAAAAGGAGAAUGGACACCAGGUCAUAGACACGGGAUAACGAUAUGCACGUACGAGUCGCGACCGAUGAUAAGCGAUCACGUGACGGAUCUGAACGUAGUGAAUCGUGAGAUACAAUAAGUGGCUCCUGGAACGAGGAAUAAUAACAAAUUUUGUAUAUCAGAAUAAAAGCACUAAAAUAUUAAAAGAUAUCCUAACGAUAAAAUGAGAUAGAUCCUGAGCCGUUUGUACGUACAUAUGUACGCUUAUAAAUAAAUCCUAGGACGGA